GUCCUACGAGCCCUUCGGCGGCGUCUACGCGCGCGACUACGCGAUGCGCGGGCGGCGGGCGCGGGAGCCGGGCCCGCAGAACCUCCUGUGGAUACCGGCCCUCUGGGUCGCCCUCUGGCUCUCGUGGAGAGUGGCUGGCAACUGGACCACGGCGCUGGUGAUGCUGAACGUUGCGUCGUUCGUGGCCCAGUGCUACUGGCCAGACUGGGAGGAGGACGGGGUGCUGACAGCCGACACGCUGGCAGCUCCGGGGACUAGCCAGCGGCUGAUCUGCAACUCCUUCUUGCACUCCGGUUGGUGGCACCUCGGGGCCAACAUGUACAGUUUGUGGCUCUUCGGCCGCAUGGUCGAGCCUUCCUACGGGCCCAGCCGCUUCCUCUGGCUCUUCCUGGGCAGCUCGCUGGCGGCCUCGCUGUCCGGCCUGUGGGCGAAGCGCUGGCGCUGGGGCAGGCAAGGCAGCCAGCUGCCAUCUGUCGGCGCCUCCGGCGGCGUCUUCGGCGUGAUGGUCGCACUGGUGAUUCUGCAGUGGAGGCACGGGCUCCCGUGUCAGCAGUACUUGGCAUUGCUGUUGCUCAACCUCGCAAUGGGCACGUUGUGGCCGAACGUGGACAACUGGGGCCACGUUGGAGGAACAGCUGGCGGAGCAGUGAUCGCCUGCUUGUGGGGACCACGGUAUGUGUGGUCGUCGUUCCGGCUGUUCGUGCGAGAUGCACCGAUCAUCACAUGGCCAUUUGUCGCGUGA